GCGUGGAAGAGCCCAUUAUGUACCGAAGGGCGUAGGCAGUUAAAAUAGUUUUUUUCCCGCUAUUUCCCUCAGAACGCUGCCAGGAAGUUGUGCCUCAUUUUGGCUCCAGCACCCUGGGGUCUCUCCCUUGAGACAGGGCUUCAGUCAUCAUCGCCGUGACCCCCCUGGGAACAGUCCCCGGUUCCCCUUGUGGCAGCACAGAGCAUGGUGAAACUAGCUGCAAAGUGCAUCCUGACAGGUGACUCAGCAGUAGGGAAGAGUGCCCUGGCCCAGAUGUUCUGCAAUGAUGGAGCUCAUUUCCAGAAAAACUACACACUGACGACGGGCGUGGAACUGUUGGUGAAGACUGUAUCUGUUCCAGAGACAAGUGAUAGUGUGGAACUCUUCCUUUUUGACUCAGCGGGGAAAGAACUAUUUUCUGAGAUGAUGGAGAAACUGUGGGAGCAGCCCAAUGCCCUGUGUAUUGUGUAUGAUGUCACCAAUGAACAGUCUUUCAACAACUGUGCCAAGUGGCUGGAGAAGCUGAGGGCACGGACACUUGGAAUGCACCUUCCAGGUGUUUUAGUGGGAAAUAAAACAGACCUGAUUGGUCGACGAGUUGUGGAGCAGAAACAGGCACAGGAGUGGGCUGAGAUCCAUGGCCUACGAUAUUGUGAGACAUCAGUGAAGGAGAUGGAGAACAUCGAAGCCCCAUUCCACAUACUGGCAAACUCAUUCCACCGACUGUACAGAGAGAAGGUGGAAACCUUUCACUCACUUGUGUGAGGGCCUUGGGUAUAGCAACUUGCUUAGCCUCUGUGGGGUUUCUUUUAGUCCGGAAACACCCUGAUGCCUAGAAUCCCGCAGACUGGAAGAUGGAGAGAAAGUGAGAGAUGAGAUUUUUUUUUUCCCCCUUGUGACCGUUUCCUGACCAUUCAGAUUAAACCGGAAAUAAAUAUGGGGAAAGGCA